ACAAUAUCAAGAAUCAGCAUCCAAGGUAAGAAUUGACAAACCUUGCAUAGCUACAAAAAGGACUAAAGAUUCAUGGCAACUAUGAUGCUGCUCUUGCUGCUGUUGGUAGCAUCAUGUGCUGCUAUUCCUCAAAAUCUUUCAGAGAAGAUGUUCACCUUCCCUCAAGAAACCAACACAGCACAUGUUAGGUUGACAACAUCAAGACAAAAUUUACCGGCUGUAACUGUCUGCUUCAGGUUCUUUACAGACCUCAAAAGAGCUCACUCCCUUUUCUCGCUGGCUCUACCCUCUUUUGAUAAUGCCUUUUUGUUUUACAAUUUGGCCAGCUUAGAUUCUUUUCAAAUGUGGGUAAGGAACACGGCCGCAAAUUUUGAAGGACUGGACUUCAAGCUGAACAAGUGGCAAUCAGUUUGUGCAACAUGGGAUGCUGCAUCAGGUUUGGUCCAACUGUGGGUGGAUGGAAAGCCUUCCAGCAGAAAAUUUACCAACUCUGGAUCCAAUAUCAAUGGACCAAUUAUUAUUGCUUUAGGACAGGAACAAGAUUCACAUGGUGGUGGUUUUGAUGUCAAACAAUCAUUUGUUGGCAUGAUGUCAGAUCUCCAUAUGUGGGAUUACAAGCUUUCACCCUGUGAAAUCCAGAAAUACACGAAUGGCCGUGGCUACGCAAAAGGAAAUGUGUUAAACUGGAAUUCACUGGAAUUCCAGAUUGUAGGAAGGGUGCUGAUCGAGAAUAAACAGAAUGCUUGUCAGUAAAUCAUAAUUUCUAUACAUUUAUAUAGAGCACACUAAUUGGUCACUUGUAUGAUAUGAACACACACAUUACUCUGUU